GCGACAGCAGAGAUCGUGAUCCACCGCUUAUCCCGCUGCUUGGAAGCUCUACACGGCCGUAUGAGACGUUUGUAGAGUCGUAUUUCAGCACAAUCUGGAACCCGCCGCGAUCAGAUACACCAACAGCCGCAUGUCCAACUACGCACGACCGCCUCCCAGACGAGGCGCGUCCGGAGCAUGGAAUCGGCUCAAGCAUGGCGGACCUACCGACCCGUUGGACGUGUAUGGACUUCCCUCUAAGGGAGAGAUGAGAUUGCACGAUUUCAAGGCACAAGAGAGCUACUAUGCCAAGAUUGUCGAGCGUUACAUGAAGUUCUGUGCAUUAUCUGGCGGCGGUGACGGGCUUGAGGCUGCCUUCGCAUCCUUGUCCGUGCGGGAGAAUAAUCCGUUGGCCAACACUGGCAAUGGGGCCAGCAAUAAAAGGCCGCCACUCACACAGCGACCCUCAGAUACAGCUCGUCCCAACGACUUGCCAAAUAUACUACUCGCCAUGCGAAGGCUUCGAGAGGGAAUUCUUGGGUCACGCCGGACUGACCACUUUGCUCAGCGCGCAUACAUGUUCAUCAUCCACGCUAGUAUUCUGACCAAGUCGUGGGAGUCUUACCUCCCGGCUCUACAGUACCUGCUUGGCACAAUACACAAACACACCCCUCUUUCUCUGCCCGAAAUGCAAGAGUUCUCUGGAUACCACAUCCUCGACCUGGCAUGUCGUCAGGAUGAGCUACUGGAAGCAUUCGCGGCACGACUCAGAUUCAAGAAUCGAGAUCGAAGGAUCGCCACUAUCAUCCAUGCACUCGUACACGACGACUGGGUAAGAUACUGGAGGACGAAAAGAGCCGUUGAUGGGUAUCAGCGAGCUAUUAUGGAGUACGCGGUCGAACGCAUGCGCUUGCACGCCUUGAAGUGCUUGGGUAGAGGGUACCUGAACGCCGAUCGCGCCUUUGUCGAGCGUAGUGGCGACGAAGUAUGGGAGGAGCUCGUCAAAAGUGGUGUGGGCUGGCAGCUGCAAGACAGCGGCAACGUGGUGAUUCGGAAGCCUAAGCCGAAGUGAGGUCGAUUCCAGCAUUACUGUACAGAAGCGUGCACCCCGAGACACUCCGAUUUAUCACACCCUAUCAUUGGAAAUAUGGCCACCUCCAGCAUCCACCUCGCUUAGCAGCAGCAUCUGGAUUUUUCGCCUCUUGGUUCACGACUUGACGCUGCUCCUCAGAUGGCACCACCAUCGAGCGCAGCAGCAACUUUGGUACUUCAAGAAAAACUGCCUUCCGACCAUACAUCUUCUCCAGUCUUCGCACAGCGUGCUCGACAGAUUCCCGACCAAGCUUCGUGUCACGAUUUUCCGGCCUUGUCAGAGCCGUGAUUUUUCUGUAAUCGGUUCUAUCGUCAAACGCCCGCCCCUUGAUCGCCUUCUGCAAGAUUUUACCAAGCGUCAGCCCCGAAGCAUCUUCAAUCUCUACAUCCGAAGAGAUCUCAACUUUGCCAGGAAUGGCAAUCUUGAAGGCUACUUCAACAAAGGUGGCCUUCGGACU